AUGAGCAAGUGGACAGGAGACUGGAACUGCCGGUCUUGCCACCACCACAACUUUAGCUGGCGCGAUGCAUGCCAGAAAUGUGGUAACCUGAGGUCGUCCGUCGGUGACCUCUCCGACUCCACCGGCUCCGGCAGCGGUGGAUCGUCGUUGGGUUUCACCGUCUCGGGGCACGUCCGCCUCGGAGACUGGUACUGCUCAUGCGGCGGUCACAACUUCGCCAGCCGAUCGAGCUGCCACUCGUGUGGCGCCGUCAAGCAAGACUCCACCAUCGGCGGAUCUGACAGCAAUGACAUGCCAGGCUCACAGGGUAUCGCCUACGGUGGUGGAGGCUGGAAAUCCGGGGACUGGUUGUGCACCAGGUCGGGCUGCAAUCAGCACAACUUCGCUAGCAGGAGGGAAUGUUAUCGCUGCAAGGCACCUAAGGGAUCCGGUGCUUAAGCCUAGGGAGACUAAAGACCAUGCAGAGAGAAGACGAUGGACCGAGUGAGAAGAAUGGGACCAAUUAGUUCUACUUCC